AUGUUGCACUCUACAUACAAGCCUGUAACAUCCCAAACCCCCCAACCUCUUCCUCAGGGAUGGACAGAGCAUAAAGCUCCCUCGGGACACUCGUACUAUUACAACGCCGAAACUCAACAAUCUACUUACACUAGACCAGCUCUUCAACCACACCUUGAGGUCUCUCUUCUUCAAAAUGAAUCAUCCCAAAGUUUCAUGCAAUACAAGAGUAUUGGUCAAAUACCCAAGAAUUAUCCCGUAUCUGAAAAACUUCAAAGUUACAAUACUCAUAUCACCAGCCACAGUAAGGAAAAAAAAACACCUGCAGACAAACCGAAAUCACGCCACACUAUACCAGGAUUCGAAAAUUGGGUCUUAGUGUAUACAAAGCUUGAUAGAAGAUUCGUCUAUAAUAUUGAAAAAAAUCAAAGUUAUUGGCGAGUACCAGAAAGGUUGAAAGAUGCGAUUCUUGCGCUUGACCAAGCAAGGAUUAGAGAAAAGGCAAACUUGGAGAGUAAAAAUCCACUUGACCAAAAAUUGACUGUAAUUCCGAAGAAUCAACCAACUGAUGUUUCUAAGGAAAACUUAGCCUCUGAGGCGGAAUCAUCAGAUGACUUGGAGGAAGAAGUUACCGAUGAUGAAGAUAACCCCAGUAGUCCAAAAGAUAUGAACUCGGAAAUUCCGGCACCGGCGGCCCCAGUUGAGUUUAACGAGAAUGACAUUGCUUAUCAACUCGCAUCCAUGGGUGAGGAGUAUGGUUUGGAACAAGAUGAAUAUGGUAUUGAUGUUGGUGGGGUGAACCAGAAACACGUCACGGAUGAAGACUCAGCAAAUCUUUUCAGGGAUUUGUUAGAUGACUUCGGCAUAAAUCCAUACAGUCCCUGGGAAAAACUUGUAGAUGAGGGAAAACUCAUCAAUGACAUCCGUUAUACAGCUCUUACAAAUAUGAAGAGUAGAAAAAAGGCAUGGGAAGAUUGGAGUAGAACAAAAAUUAAGCAGCUCCAAGAAGCUCGCUUGGGCCACGAAAGGAAAGACCCACGAAUACCGUUCCUUUCCUUUAUACAAAAACAUGCAACUUCGAAGUUGUACUGGCCCGAAUUCAAACGAAAAUAUAGAAAGGAGGCUGAGAUUCGCGACACAUCAAUGACAGACAAAGAACGCGAAAAGAUUUACCGGGAGCAUAUAAAUCGCAUGAAACUUACCCAAUCAAAGUUGAAGUCGGAUUUGUUAUCACUUCUUAAAGAAGAGUCGCUUUUCAGCCUUCAUAAAAGGACACUCCCAUCUAAUUUACCACCUAAGAUUCUCAGUGAUUUGCGAUAUAUAUCACUUGACCCAACAAUACGUGAUCCCCUUAUCGAGACAUACAUAUCAUCACUACCCUCACCACCAGAAAAUGCGAAUGAAUAG